AGUUAUGUUGGACAAGUUAUCCACAACAGUUGGAGAGUUUACGGGUGAUACGGAUUAUGUUGCUGCCUUAGUUAUUUUUCUUUGUACUUUAGUACUUGUAAUAUGGCAACCUGGAGGUCUUGGAAUAGGAUUCAGCUCUUUGGGUGGCGCCCUGGUAGCGUUGUUUACGGGUGUUAUUUCACCUACCAACAUUCCAACUGUUUUCUUUAUUGUUUGGGAUGCUACGCUAACUUUUGUUUCGUUGAUUAUUAUUUCACUCUUACUGGACGAAAGCGGCUUCUUCCACUGGGCAGCCAUUUUGCUUGCUCAGUUGGCAAAGGGGCAUACCUUGAUACUCUUUCCGCUUAUCAUCUUACUUGGAGCAGUGGUUUCAGCUUUCUUCGCCAAUGAUGGAACGGCUCUUAUUUUGACACCAAUUGUAGUAAAAAUGUUGCAGAGUCUUCAAUUUGAUAAGAAAGCCACGCGUGCUUGGGUAAUGUCAGUUGGUUUCAUCGCAGAUACUGCGAGUUUGCCACUUAUCAUCAGUAAUCUGGUGAAUAUCGUCAGUGCAUCGUACUUUUCUAUUAGUUUUCCCCGUUAUGCUUCAAUUAUGAUUCUAGUAGAUAUUGUCACUGUCUUGGCCUCCUUGUCUGUUUUGUCCAUUUACUUCUUUCGAUAUUUACCCCGCUAUUAUGAUAUUACCAUAUUGCCCAAAGCAUAUUCCACUGUAAGAGAUAAGAUAGUCUUUGCCUUGGUGUUUCCAGUCUUAUUGUUAAUUGUUAUUGCAGACUUUGUCACAACUCUUUAUGGUGUUCCUGUGGGUGCAAUCACAGCCUUGGGUGCAGUGAUAUUGUUUUUAGCUGCAUCAAGAUUUUAUCAAGGUGGACGUGGAAGAGUAAUCAACUUGAAAAAAGUUCUUUUUAAUGCGCCAUGGCAAAUUGUUUUGUUUAGUUUAGGAAUGUAUUUGGUCGUAUUUGGAUUAAGAAAUGCCGGUAUUACUUAUCAGAUAUCACGUUUAUUGAAUAAGUUUACACCGCAUGGUUUGGUAGUUACUAGUCUAGGAACAGGUUUCGUGUCGGCUAUCGUAUCGGCAAUUACAAAUAAUAUGCCGAGUGUUCUGUUGAUUGCGCUUUCUAUUCAUGAAACGAGAAGCUUUCAUGGAACACUCACCUAUCAGGCAAUGAUAUAUGGCAAUAUUAUCGGUUGUGACUUGGGGCCGAAAUUUACUCCUAUUGGAAGUUUAGCCACACUAUUGUGGUUGCAUGUUUUGUCAACUUAUGGAAUUUAUAUUAGUUGGUUGGAAUAUUGCCAGACGUAUAUAUUGUUGACUAUUCCUGUUCUGGUUGCAUCAACUUGUACGUUGGCUGGUUGGUUAAAAGUAGUCGGCAUAUCAGCCUAGUGAGAGACAUGAUUUUCAUAUUU